GAACUUUCGCAUUGCGCAAUUCGGAUUAAGCUUAAACUUUUGAAAAUUCUCAGAAAAUGGUGAUCCUUUUCUUUAUAAUUACCGCCUCAUUCCUAGUCUCCGUUCAGACUAAAGAAUUGGUCUUGCCGCGGAUGCUAAUUAAUACCGAAGAGUGUACUUUGAAUCCAUGUGAAGUGUUGAAACUCAUGUCUCAGUAUUUCCUCAUAGUACAUGCGGCCAGUCGGCCUCAACAGGAAAAGCCUGAUCAGGAAAAGGCAGCUCCUUUUGUUGUUGAAAUGAGUUUUGAGAAACGACUCCGUCAGGCUGAACGGCGACUCCAAGCUGUCGAGCAACCAGUGUGGAAGCUUCGUGAAGGUGUUAAGGCUGAAUGGAAUCAUUGCACUGAAGGGAUGUGUCGUUGCAUCCCAGAUACAAAAAGCUUUAUCUGUUGGAAUGCUCAUUUGAAAUCGAUUCCGUCAACUCAGAUUAUCCCAAUGGAUAUCGUUAAUAUAGACAUAUCGGGAAAUCAGUUGGAGACUUUACAUAAGGACACCUUCCGAGGAUUAACACAUCUCCAUGAGUUGGAUUUGUCAAACAAUAAAAUUAAUUUUUUGCCCUUCGAUUUGCUUGAAGAUCUAGACAGUUUAGUGCAGUUGCGCUUACAAAGCAACGAACUGGACGAAUUACACCCCCAAAUAUUUUUCAAACUGCGUAAUCUAAACUUGCUAGAUAUCAGCAAAAACUCUUUGGUUUUGCUGCCAAACGUAAUUUUCCACAAUAAUCCCAAAUUGACUGUUAUAAACUUAUCUGACAAUAAACUGGAAGAACUCGACAUUGGCUUCUUCAGGGAGCAAACGGAGCUAGAGGAACUAGAUUUAUCCCGGAAUGAAAUACAACGAUUGAAGGUCGAUUGUUUCAAAAACUUACUCAAGCUGAAGAUAUUAGAUUUGUCCAAAAAUCAAAUAUCAAACAUAAGUGACAACACAUUUAUGGACUUGGUCAACCUCGAAAUAUUAAAACUUCAUAACAACAAAAUCGUCAACAUUUCCAACUAUCUUUUUGCAAAUCAAACGCAGCUCGUCUUUCUGGAUUUGACCAUGAAUAAGAUAUCAAGGAUAGAGAGCCAUGCCUUCACAUCCCUUACAAAUGUGCAGGAGCUUCUUCUUGGACAGAAUUCUUUAUCGUCUAUUCCAGUAGGCUUAUUCCUGAAGCUAGAGAAAUUGAAACGACUCAUGCUCUUUUCGAAUAAUUUAGCUACGCUAGAUAGUAAUAGUUUCAUUGGGCUUAAGAACCUGAAACAUCUGCUCCUAAAUAACAAUAUUUUGAAGAAUUUCGCCAUAGACGUGUUUCGGCCACUACAGAAAUUAGAAAAAUUACGAAUCGAUUCCAACAAGCUACAAUCUCUGCCCACCGGAUGCCUGGAGCACCUGCCAAAGUUGGUCGCUGUUAAAUUGGAAAAGAAUCCUUGGCACUGUGAUUGUCGAGCAUUAUAUUUGGCACGAUGGUUACGAGCUUCUCCCCAUAAACUUUGGGAUGGUCAAGCUGUUUGUCGGGGACCAGGUGAUUUAGGAGGAGUCGAUGUUGGCCUACUUCGAUAUGAUGACCUCUGUGAAGGACAAUGGGCCAGCAUGUUAUCGUUGUCACCACGACUUCCAGUACGUAAAAAUCAAAUAGCUCAACCGAAAAAUUUCACGGAUUAUGUAAAUUUAUAUUUGAAACAUUUAAUCACUACAACUAGUUCUACCACGGAGAGUUUGUUUGGCGAAACUACAACGUUUAGAUAUUUCGACGAAUCAUAGAGAAGAAUUGAAUGGUUGAAUUUGACAUUAUUUUACUUGCAGUAGUAUGCAUUUUAUAAAAACUACUAGUUGGU